AUGUCAAAUUCUCUUGCUACUACUAUGGAUAAUCACUUUGUAAUUGAUACCUUGAAUCCCGAAUUCACUAUUCCACAAGAGCUGGCCACUAUAUUAGAUACAAAUACGUGGAAUAUACAUUCUGUUACCAAUGGAAUAAUCAUUGACUCCCAAUCCACGGUUGACAAAGUAGACGAAUGGAUAACUGGACAAAAAGUUGACAUCAACGACCACCCCUUUUUAUCUCCAAAGCAUAUUAUACCGUUUACUGUUGAAGACUUGGUGCUAGCAUAUCUCUAUAAGUUGAAGGAAUACAAGGAAAAACAGUUAGAAAUAUACCACGAAGAAGCAAAUAACCUGAUUCCACUUGUUCUACAAAUUCUACAUCACAACUUCACACGACCAUAG